AUGGACAUGCAAUACACCCACAGAGCAUCGUAUGGCCAAUCCCCGACAACAUCACCAUUCAACACCAUGAGCCACAAACCCCAGACCCCGCAGACGGUCUUUGGCGCGGAGCCCAACAAUCCCAUCGAAAGCCCCCUAGGAAACUCGGAGAGCAACGGGUGGAAAUGCACGCAUGGCAGAUCCUCGACAACAUCAUCACCAAGCACCAUGAACCGCAGACCGCAGACCCCGCAGACGACUUUUGGCGCGGAGCACAGCACUCCCAUCAGAGACCCAUUCCAGCGCAGCGACAACUCGGACGACGACACCACGGAGCGACGCGAGACAAGGGACGACCACAGCGACGAGGACGUGCGCUCGGCCGAGCUGGCGUCGCUCCACGAGAUUGUGUGCUGGCAGCGCGGCGAGAUGGAGGCCAUGAAGCGCGCCAUCGAGGACAUGCAGGGCCUGCUGGCCAGGCAGCGCCGCGAGGAGAGGGACCUGUCGUGGCAGCUGCGCGAGCACAGGGCCGUGUCGCACGGGCGGGCCACCCUCGUCCGCGACUGGAGAGAGCACGCGCGUGGCAUCCGCGUCGCGUACCGCAGCACCAUCCGUCGCCAGGCGGCCGAGAUUUCGCUGCUCAAGGCUGAGGUCGCCCAGGGCAGACGCCAGGAUCAGGCCCUGCGGCGCGAGUCGGCGCCUCCCCGGGAGUAUGGCGGCGGCUAUGGCGGGCACGACGAUGUUUGA